AUGGCGGGCGGUGGGGAUGAGCAUGGCGCGCAUUCAUCUGCUCAGGAUGAUGCCAAGGAUUCCGAGUCCGACGGUGAUGCCGCUGAGGAGAUUUUGGAAGAAUCUCCUUGCAAGCGAUGGUCGAAGAGGCGAGAACAGGUCAAGCAGAGGGAUGUGCCCGGAAUUGAUGUCGCUUAUUUGGCUAUGGAUAACGAAACAGGAAAUGAAGUAGUCUGGAACGAGGUUCAGUUCUCUGAACGCAAAAAUUUCAGAGCUCAAGAGGAGAAAAUCAACGCGGUUUUUGACAACCUUACUCAGUUAGUCCACACGAAUCUAGUGAAAUUCCAUAAAUAUUGGACUGAUGCGAAGUCGGAGAAGCCUAGGAUUAUAUUUAUUACGGAGUAUAUGUCGUCGGGAUCAAUGUCUUUAUUUUUGCAACGUACCAGAAAAUCUGGAUCUCCUUUAAGCAUCAAGGCAUGGAAAAAGUGGACUACACAGAUAUUAUCGGCGCUCAACUAUUUACAUUCUUGUUCGCCUCCAAUCACACACGGGAACCUCACAUGUAACACUGUGUUCAUUCAACAGAAUGGGCUCAUCAAAAUAGGAUGCGUUGCUCCCGAUGCUAUCAAUCAUCAUGUCAAAACGUGCAGGGAUAACCUGAAGAAUUUACAUUACAUUGCUCCUGAAUAUGAAUAUUGCACUGAAGUGACACCGGCUGCUGAUAUUUAUUCAUUUGGAGUAUGCGCUCUCGAGAUAGCAGUAACGGGUGGUUUAGCUGGUUGUCAGAACGGAACAGCAGAAGGAGCUAUUAAUCCAGAAUGUUUGGAGAAGGCAUUGCGUUCUUUGGAAGAUGAAAACCAGCGAGAUUUUAUUCGACUUUGUCUACAAAAGGACCCAUUGAAGAGGCCAACGGCACGAGAGUUGCUCUUCCACCCAAUUUUGUUCGAAGUUCAUUCUCUGAAACUGUUGGCGGCACAUAAAAUUGUGGACUCCAAGUUGUUUGAUGAUCUUCCUGAAGAUGCUUUCCGAGUGCAAGACGUAGAGAAGGUUGCUGCAGUGGCGAAAAGGGAGGCCGGUGUUCGAGAAAUGGCUUAUUGUCAGGUUCCUGCGUUUCAGCAUGACCUUGAAAAGAUUGUGGAGGAUGUCCGGAAUGGAGUUUAUCCAUUGACAGCUUUUGCUCCUUUGGCUCAUCAACCUUUGAAAACAAACUUGUCUGUGCAGCCUUCUUCACGAGUAUCAGCAGCAGCUUCCGCCUUAGAAAGUCAUGAACCGUCAACCUCUUGUCUUACAACUCCUCAACCACGAGCUGAGACUACAGAUCCAGUAGUCACUUCAACUCCAGCUCUAGAUGAAACUGUUCAACACCGAGAAACAAGGAAGAUCCGUCAAAUGCGUGUCACGACUCAACGAAACGAGUUGACUAUAUGGUUGCAACUGGAAGACAUGAUGAAUCGGCAACUUACUACUGAGUUUUCUCAUGAUGAAGACCCAAACAUGCUCACUCACGAUCUUGUCAUGCAUGGAUUCAUCUGCGAGGCUGAUGCAGAACGAUUAGGAGUGGUUCUUGCAACAUCGUUGAAGGCUUCCGCUGAUUUGGCGCAGUCUACUGGCGACGACGUCACAACAGGUUCUUCGAUGUAUGCCGUGACGGAAGAUGCGCAUCGUACGGUCGCAGCGCAAGCAGGUGUUGCUGGCUCUGCACCGUGUCGCGUUGAUCCGUUGAACACUCGAGAGGCGGUACUGUCUAAGCUGACGUUUGCGGAGUCCCGGGUAGCCCCUUCAUCGCCGACCGUGUAG